CAUGUGUCUCUAAUAUUUUCAGAGCAAUAGUGAGGAAUGCUGCCACCGUGGCUGCAGAUUGUUCUCCAUGAUGGAGUUCCUGUAUGACAAUGUCAACAAAACUACAAAAGUUUGUUACUCUUCUUGUUCAGAAGCUUAUCCAGACAAAGAUGAUUUUGAAGCAUGUAAACUUGGGUGCAGCAGCCAGAAACCUUUUGCAUUGGACCAUAUACUUAGGGAGGACCCAUGGGAGCAGCAGAUUCAUUUUAUGAGUCCAAUGAUGUACAUGCACCAGUGGUACAGUAACGUGUUCAACAACAUAAUGAACCAGGCAACUGUCAGCUGGACCAUGUACAUGAGAGACAAUGACGGUAGUGUUGUUGUUGUCAAGUCGCCAAAACAGUUCAAGGUGUACGAACUUAGAGGUGCUGAUGAAGAUUCCAGUGAUGGGUACAACACAGCCAGCUCACUAGAGACAAACAUAAAACCAAUGGACAACUCUGCUACACCAUUCCUGAAAAAUCCCGCCUACAAUCCCAGCGUAAUUGACGAUGACCUUAUUGACCUCUCUGCGUUACAAGAGGAAGCCAAUGAUUGGUUGUCAUGUGUUGCCAAGAAGACAGGGAUCUCACGACUCAUUCUCAGCUGGUUGCUACUCAUGUGUGCUAUAGUUAUGAUCUGGCUGUGCCUGUCAGCAGCAGUUACCUCCCCUGAACAGAAAGUCUACACAGAACCACAGAAGCUGAGUAUAAAUGGGGACCAGGAAAUCAUUGCGGAGAUGCUUGCAAGAGGAAUCAAACCAACGUAUCCUAUAGAGAAGAAGAGUGAACUCCAGUCUCUACCAAUCAAGAUCAGUGUUCACAGAAUAUAAAUCCGUCUCCUGUGAUACGUACUGGAUGAAAUAAUCGAACCUCUUUCAUAUUGUAGAUGCUGAGAUAUGAGAAUUACCUUUGAUUACAUUCAAUAUGGAACUCGAGAAGUUAGAGGACUGUUUAUAUAUGAUUUUGUUGAGUCCUGAAUAUGGAGUUAUAAAAAACCUCGUUUUUUUUUCCGUUGUUUUUUUUGCUUCGGUAGAAAUAACUCAUUCUUACCAUACAAUAUACCUGUAGUGAUUUAUGAAAUAAUUCAAACUGUUCAAUGUUUUCUCACAAUUGAUGUACUGGGACAAUUAUUUUAUAUUACCGUAGAAUAAAAUGAACUCAAAAGCACAUUUUAACAGCAAUAAAAUAAACAUUCUUAAGCAUGUACAAAAUGAAAGUAUUGAGAAUAACUCCAUUUGAAAUCCAUUUUGAUACAUAUUCUGCAUCAAAAUUGAGGGAAACACCUUAUAUACAUAGGAGGUUUGUUUUGAUAUGUUAAUUAUACGUCUUUGCAAGCAUUGCUGUUAUACAAAACAAAUAUACAUGUAUACCACAAGUUCUUUUAUUUAAUUACCAACUGGUCAAAUUAAUGGAAUGCUCUGUUUGUAAUCUGUAAAGAUGCUACAUUUAUGCCAUCAAAAAGAGAGAGCAAGGAUUGCUUUAGUACACCUUUGAUAAAAUACUGGUAUUCAUCGAUUGGCUAAUUUUAAAAUUUAAAGAUGAAGUAACUCUUACUAUUUUUUUAAUCGAGUUACUUCCCUUUGGCAGCCAUGCCAGUUCUUAUUGUUAUUUUGAGGCUGAUUGACAGCAUCAUCUCAUGAUCUGGUGUUUAGGUAUAGCUGUAGCAUUCCAGUAAUAUUAUUUACUAUUUUUCUGUGGGAUAUACUUUACUCUUUGACAAUUUAUACUGUUAUCGGUCUCUUUUUAAUGGGUUGUUAUAAUUAAUGGUAAAUUUUGUUAUAUUACGAUAUUUGUGUACAUACAUAAAAAGUGAGGUGUGCAUUGAUAUUUGGAUGAAUGGACCUAUAAAGUCUGUGAUGUGAAGAAAUUUGUGAAGUAUUUAAUCUCGAGAAAUAAUAACCAGAACCA